AUGGAGGACGGAGAGGAUGAUGUAGCUGUUAUUGGUAUUGGAUGCAAUUUUCCUGGAGGUGAGGGGUUGGACAAUUUCUGGACUGUUCUCUCAGAGGGAAGGAACUGUGCUGUCGACAUUCCAACAGAAAGGUUUGACAGCAGUUUUUGGUGUGAUCAGGAUGAACACAAACCUGGAAAGAUGCAAACUAGCAAAGCUGCCCUUAUUGAUGGGUUUAAUGAGUUUGAUCACAGGUUUUUUGGCAUCUCUGAAGCUGAAGCUGACUUCAUGGACCCACAGCAGAAACUUCUCCUUCACUGUACAUACAGAGCAUUAGAAGAUGCUGGAGUGGCUAUGGAGAGCAUCAGUGGGAGCAGAACAGGAGUUUACAUAGGUAUCAUGAACAGGGACUAUGAGAUGCUUAGAAAUAACAGUGCAAGUACAAUAACUCAUUAUAAUGGCACUGGGACGGCCAUGAGUAUUGCUGCCAACAGGAUUUCAUUCACCUUUAAUCUCACUGGACCAUCAUUGGCUAUCGAUAGUGCCUGUUCCUCAUCUUUGGUGGCUCUACAUUUAGCCUGCCAGGCUAUAAAGCAAGGAGACUGUGAAAUGGCAGUGUGUGGAGGGGUCAGCUGUAUCAUAGAGCCAAGAGUGUUUGUUGCUCUCAGCAAGGCAAAGAUGAUUUCACCUGAUGGGACGAGCAAACCUUUCUCAAGCAGAGCAGAUGGUUAUGGUCGAGGUGAGGGAUGCGGGGUGGUUCUCCUGAAGCCAUUGAAAAAUGCCAUAAGAGACUGCAACAAAAUUUGGGGAAUCGUCAGCAAAACAGCUGUUAACCAAGAUGGACAUUUGGUUGCUCCAAUCACGAAACCCUCUAUAGUUCAGCAAGAGGAGCUAUUGCGGAGUAUUUACUCAAAGUCUGACGUUGCAAAUGUCCAAUACAUCGAGGCACAUGGGACUGGAACACCAAUUGGAGACACAACAGAAGCAGGAAGUAUCUCCAAUGUCAUUGCAAAAGCAAGGCCUCGUAGCUCAAAGAUCCUUUGGAUCGGCUCCGUAAAAGGCAACAUUGGGCAUACAGAAUCGGCAGCUGGAGUGGCAGGACUCAUUAAGGUACUCUUGAUGAUGAAGUAUGAAACAAUUGUCUCCUCAGUUUUCUACUCUGAAGACAGUGCCAGCAUUGAUGUAAGAGUUCUGAGUAUCAGUAUUCCGAAUACAGCUGAGAAGUGGAAGGCAAAUGAGUCAAUCAGGAGGGUAGCUGGGAUCAACAGCUUUGGAUUUGGGGGCACAAAUGCUCACGUGAUUGUAAAAGAUUUCAUGCAGACCACUGUUCCCACGAUGAUCUCCAGUGCCUGUCAUCAGCUUUUUGUAAUAUCUGCAGCAUCUGAGAAGUCACUGAUCUCAUCCAUUGCAGACACUCACCAAAGGCUUAGUAGAGAUCAAAGUGUUGAUGUGCAGGCACUGUCUUACACCUCAACAUGUGGGAGGAGCCAUACAAAACACAAAUAUAGAAAGGCCUUCUUAAUAUCUUCACUCUCAGAUUUAAAUCAUCAGCUCAUAUCUGCAUUGAAAGAAAAGGUUGAGUCAACAAGGUCUAGUAUCAAGGUUGUUUAUGUCUUUAGUGGAAGUGGAGUUGCGUACAGGUGCAUGUGUCAACAGCUCCUGAAAGAGGUUCCUGUUUUCAGAGAUACUGUCAGAAAAGUUGAGAAACUCUUUUGUCGACAUAGACACAUAAAUAUCCUUCAAACCCUCACUGAAGACAUUAAUAAUGAUGAUUUCACCAAGCCAGAAGUGGUCCAGCCUCUUCUUUUUGCUGUCCAGGUUGGCAUUGCCUAUCUUCUAAAGCAUUGGGGCAUCAACCCAGUGGGUGUUCUUGGACAUUCUUUUGGAGAGAUUGCUGCAGCUCACUGCUCUGGCCUCUUGUCUCUUAAAGAUGCUGUGAAAGUGUUGUACCAGCGCAGUACUCUUCAAAGUAAGGUCACAGCAGGUAAAAUGCUAGUGGUUGGUAAUAUUGCUGUAGACAAAAUCUUGGAUGUCCUUACAGCCUUUUCUGGGAAAAUCUGCAUUGCUGCAUUUAACAGUCCUACAUCUUGCACCCUGUCAGGAGGUGCAGAUGCUAUAGACAACCUUUGUCAGAAGCUGAAAACCUUGUUUGCAGAUAAAGAUCUCUUACUUCAUAUCUUAGAUGUUUCGAAAGCCUACCACAGCCAUAUGAUGGAUCCUAUACUCUGUGACAUUGAGAAGAGUAUUGGUGCUUUGGCUGUCAAUAACACACAAUGCCAACUUUUUUCAACAGUUACUGGACAGAGGAGUUUAGAUGGUGACUUUAGCACAGGCAAAUACUGGGCAAACAACAUCAGACAACCUGUUUUAUUUAAACAAACACUAUGUGCUAUCGCCACCGACAAGCAGUCUAGCAAGAAUUUGGUCUUUGUAGAGAUCGGACCUCGUAGAGCUCUCCAAAGGUACAUACAUGAGACUUUGGGAAAAGACGUCAUCGUUCUUCCCUCUGUGCAUCCAGAAAAGGAUUACAACACAAUCCUGUCUACAAUUACCAAACUGUUUGAGUUGGGUAUCCAUGUUGAUUGGCGUCAGAUGUACAGUGGGUGUGAGACACUCCCCACAACUCCUCCAGUCUAUCAGUUUGAUUGUACGACACAAGAAGUGUGCUUUGAAGCUUUGAGACAAGGUGAUAAAUCGCCUUAUUGUUCUCCUUGUGCAUUGAUAUUGCAAGUAAAGAAGGAUAAGGAAUACACGUGUAGUUUCUCAUUUGAAACCUUGCCAUAUCUCUGGGAACACAAACACAAUGGUGUCGCCAUCGUACCAGGUGCAUUCUAUGUUGAAUUAGCUUAUGCAUCAAUCAUGGCAGGUUUAAGACCAAAGAAACCGGUUUCUUCCCUGCAACUGACAGUAAUGUUUCAAAAUUUGCUUACACUUGGCUCCAACUGCCAUCAGUUGAAAAUCACAGUGGAUCGUGUCAAGAGUGGAGCUGCCUUUACAAUACAGUCUUCUGCUGCAACACUUGCCUCUGGUACUUGCAAUUGUACAGAUGGCCAACAGGUUUUAGAAGAGCAAACAAUUGGUCUUGAGGCUAUUUCACAAAGGUGCAAAAAGGUUCUGAAAAGAAAUGAGAUUUAUUCGCUUCUUUCUCAAGCUGGAUUUGAAUAUGGUUCCAUUUUCAAGCAGCUUGAUAAUGUGCAUUUUGGAGAUGCAUUCCAGGAAGCUGUGUCCACAAUUCAAAUCCCUCUUGAACUUGUAAAAGAUCUUCAUGAAUACUUUAUCCACCCUGUGUUACUAGACUACUUUCUUCAAAUGACUGCUGUUUUAGCUCUGAGACAGCUGGUAAAUAAGCUGGGACUCCCUUCAUCUAUCAGCAAUGUGACAAUCAGUGGACCAAUGCAACAGAAAAUGAGCAUGUACAUUCAUGUAACUCAAGAAGCUGCAGAAUUUUUUGAAGUGUGUGGCUGCUUUUGUACCGUAGAGGGAUGGGUAUUGGUGGAGUUUAAGGGUGUGAGAAUCUCAUUUUUGGGUACUUCUUCAAAUACUCAUCAGUCACUGUUUUUCCACAAUGAAAUUACCUCAGUUGUCAGUGAGAAAGAGCGCAAGUGUCCAAUCAAGGCAUUAGUUUUUGAAGACACACUGGGUAUUGCAAAAGCACUUCGACCAUAUUUGCACCCAGACUCAAUCACUAUCAAGAGCAGAGAGUUUUGUGAACCAGGUCAACUUCAAGAGCUGGUAUUUCACUCACUUAACACUGAUGUUGGUUUGAGCCAGGUUCUCUUCAUUUGGACUGUAGAGGACAUUAGUCACACGUCACCUGAGAAGACGCUAGAAGGCUUUGUUAUCUGCUGUGAGCUAUUUCGCCAGGUUGUGUUAGCCUUAAAAGAAAGCAGGCGUUCUUGCACUGUCCGUGUCAUAACGUACAGAUUGUCAGAUAUGAUCGUGGACCACAUCAGUCCUGGUUUUGUGCUUUCUGGUAUGAUGAGAGCAUGUGCAGCAGAAUUGGCAGGGCUGACAUUUCAACUGAUUGAUCUUGCAUCUGUCACCAGUGAGGACACUCAAACGCUAGUCCAGGUGAUAAAUACUUGCAAACAACAAGAGAUCAUAAUAAGAAACAGGCAGGCAUCAGCAACAAGAAUAGUACAAACCCCAAUAAACAACAGCCUUUACAGCGAGGGCGAUACUCACGCACUCUGUUUGAGAGACUUUGUACUACAGACUAGUGAUCCAUACAGGAUGAUGAGCUUGUCUGCCAUCCCCUGUGACAGAAAUGAAAAUACUCUCAGAGAGAAGUCAGUCGAGAUUCACCUAACAAAUGUAUGUGCGCACUCAUCUGACUACUUUCCCGUCAGUGUGACACAUUUAGAAUUUGGUAAGACCGUGUAUUGGAGCAAGCAUUCAUCCCAGAAUCACAAACUUCUAGCGUUAGAUUUUAGCGGUGUUGUCACAGCUGUCAGGAAAGGUGUUAAUUCUCUCAGCGUGGGUGAUCGCAUUGCCGCUUGCUAUCCAGUAGUUGCCUCGACAAAGAUUGUAAUUCCUGAAGGAGUGUGCUAUAGUGCAAAGAGUCUCCCAUUUCUAAGAGAGAUUCCGUGCAUGUCCUAUUUCAUACUUGCAUGGGAAAUCCUGCAGAGAAUUCUGCAGAAGGUAAAACAACGAUGCAAGAGUUUGGCCAUUGUCUCCUCCAACAUGGACUCUGUGCUGAUUAAGGUUUUAGCUCUGACUGCAAACAGGUCAGGCUGGAGUGUUUCCUCCUUGUCACACUUCAGAGCUGACAAUUUAGAACGGAUAUCUGCAUUUGUUUUCCUGCCACCAUUUGAUUCUUCUUGGCAGGAAAUAUGUGACAGCAAUGGUCUUGAGAGAUAUGCUGUUUUUGUCUGCAGUAGUCUCAUCUUAUCCUCAGCAAGAAUGUUGGCAAUGAAGAGUGAACAUGUCCACAUCCACACUCUUGAUGUGUGCAAUGUGCUUCAGAAAGCCAAUCUAAAAGCACAAAAUAGAAAUGUCUACCAUUGGCUCAUGUCAUUAAGCAUUGAUGUGACAUCUCUACCUCUAGCCAGGGGAAUUUUUCAGUUAUCAAGUGCAAAAGACCGUCAGAUUGAUGCCGAAGAGUCUUAUUUCACCACUAAGAUAAUUCAACAGGUGAUUUUGGGUCAUGAAGGAUCUGAUAGUCCCGUGUCUGAUUUCCUGUUGCUUUCAAGGCCGGAAAAACUGUUCCAACAACGUUUUGUUUACAUUGUAACUGGUGGCCUGAGUGGCUUGGGACUUGAGACCGUGAAGUUCAUUGCUCAUAAUGGUGGGGGUUGUAUUGCAACAUUAUCUAGACGGGUUCUCUCUGCUGAAGGUCAGUUUGAGAUGAGACUCCUCCAGCAACAGUAUGGAGUGAAGAUUGUGAAUCUCCAGUGUGAUGUUUCAGUUUCGACACAGGUCGUGGAGGCGAUCUCCAAGAUUGAACGAUUAUUUUCUUGCCCUAUCAAAGGAGUAUUUCACAGCGCCGCAGUCCUGCAUGAUGCAUUGAUCGAAAACCUUGAUCAGUCACUCUUUCGGAUGGUGUUGAAGCCCAAAGUGUGUGGGGCGCUAAACCUUCACUACGCAACGCUGAAUAAAAAGCUUGAUUUCUUUGUUUGUUAUUCCUCCAUCUCAUCAUUCAUUGGUAAUGCCUCACAAUGUAACUAUGCAGCAGCAAACUCUUUCCUAGAUUCCUUCUGUCAUUAUCGGAGAAACCGGGGACUCGCUGGACAGUCCAUUAACUGGGGUCCUUUGAAUCUUGGUCUCCUGCUGAAGAAAGACCAUUUCCAAAAAUUCCUGGAGGAGAAGGGGAUGAUGAUAAUGGAUGUGUGUGAGGUUUUCACAGCACUUGAAACAUGUCUUUUGUUGAAUAAACCUCAACAAGUCAUAUGCAAGUUCAACUUCAAAAACUUGAAUCACCAUGUUCUGUCACAAAAUACUUCUCUUAGAGAGCGGCUGGCAGCUUUCGUGCAAACAGAGGUGAAGGACGCCAGUAACAAAACUAAUGUUCAGCAUUCAGCAUCUUCCAUGUGUGAAAGUGUGAGAAAAAUUGUGAGCGACAUGAGCGGUGUUGAUGCAGACGAGCUGGAGGAUGACUUGGGUCUGUCAGCACUCGGCAUCGACUCCAUGUUGGCCAUGACUCUGCAAAACAGGAUUUUCCAAGAGACGGGUGUUAACGUCCCUUUAGUUAGAAUACUGGACCCCAACAGUACUCUGACUACUUUGAUAGCAAGUGUAGAGAACAGUGAAUAAUUUGAAAACUAACA